UGCACCUGGUUUCUCCCACCAUCUCUGCCCACUUUUUUCUCCGGUCUUAACCAGCCUCCUGCAGACCCCUCCGACGCCCAGGGUAAUUCCACGACGUCGUAAUUAACAUCUUUUCUCUCUUCCAAUCCCUAGCUCAUUAUCUUUCCCCACAAUGCAAUCCGUGUUGAUAGCUGCAGAGGAAUCGCAUAUUCUCAGAAUAUUAAACAGUAGCUUCCAAACCCUAGACUCCAUAAAAGACGGCAUUUCUCAUAUUUUUGCUAAUUUUUUCUGCUCCAAAUACUUCAGCAUUGACUUAAUUGAUACAAGGUAUAGAGGGAUUGAUGAGGUAAAAACAAGUUAUAAUCAGAAUCAAUGUGAGUUAAGUGAAAACGGUAGAAGGCAGUCGGAGCCUUCUGAUGGUGAUGAAGGGCAGUGUUCCGGUGCCGUUUUUAACGUUUUAGAUACAAUGUUAAAGGAUAGUUUGGAUCGCUUGAAAACAAUGAGGCAAAGCAUAUCCUGGGAUGCUAUAGGCAGUGAAUGCUGUGACUUUGAAGUAAAUUAUAAGCGAGAUAUAACUAUCAUUAGAGCUUUAUGCUUGGAGGGUAAGUUGGGGGUAGCUCUAUCUCUCUGGUAUAUGAUGAUACAGAAAAGUGUUAUUCCUGAUGUUAUUACCCAUAAUUAUCUAAUAAAUGGCUUCUGCAAAACUGGUAACUUGGAUAAGGCUGAGUGGCUUGUCAAAGAGAUGUUAUUUAGGGGUCCUCCUCCUAAUUGUGCGACAUACAACACUUUAAUAAAGGGUUAUUGUCUUCAAAAGGAUAUUGAAAGGGCUCUAAAUUUGUUUUCCACAAUGGCCAACAGUGGUAUUGCCCCAAAUAGAGUUACUUGUAACAUUAUUGUACAUGCCCUUUGUAAGAAAGGUCUGCUGGAGGAUGCAAGAAAGCUUCUUACUGAAAUAUUGGGUGAUACUCACCCUAAGGACACGUCGAAUUUGAUAACAUCGACUAUACUAAUGGAUGGUUCCUUUAAGAAUGGAGAUAUAAAUCGGGCUCUCACUUAUUUGGAUGGCAUUUUUUGCGGGGGUAUCCCACUUGAUACUGUUUUCUAUAAUGUUGCCAUUCAUGGAUUCUGUUUGAUCGGAGAUAUAUCCACUGCUUAUAAAUAUGUCUGCGAAAUGUUUAAGCGUGGUUUUCUUCCUGAUAUAUUUUCUUACAAUACUCUUAUUGGCGCUCUUUGUAAGGAAGGACGGACCACUGAGGCUUGUUAUAUCUACAAUGUUAUGUCCAGAAUGGGUGUUUCUCCUGAUCAAAUCACUUACAAGAUGAUUAUACAAGGGCUAUGUUUUCAUGGCAAUGUAAUAAAAGCUAAUCUGUUUCUUCAUGCUAUGUUAGAUGACUCUGUUGUGCCUGAACCACUCAUCUGGAAUGUGAUAAUUGAUGGUUAUGGGAGGUGUGGUAAUAUGCAAAAAGCAUUGUCCAUCAGGGAACAAAUGGCUGCCUUUGGAGUAAUGCCAAAUACAUUUACUUAUAAUGCUUUGAUCCAUUCACAGAUAAAAAGUGGAAAUGUUGUUGAGGCACAUUCUUUGAAGAAGGAGAUGGUUCUAAAUGGUUCUUUUCCAGAUUUGGUUACAUACAAUCUCUUGUUGGGUGCCUCUUGCAAUCUUGGUAACAUUCAUUCAGUGCUGCAGAUAUAUGAUGAAAUUGUAAGAGGAGGUUAUUACCCAGACAUAAUAACAUAUACUGAGCUACUUAAGUAUUACUGUAUACAAGGUUAUACAGAGAAGGCAGAAGAUCUCUUGGAAAAGUUACAGACUUUGAAUUUACAGGUUGAUCAUGUUCCAUUUCUGAUACUCAUGAAAAAGUAUUGCAAGAUGAGGGAGCUAGACAAAGCAUUUGAACUUUAUCAGAAGUGGUUAUUGAGAAAGAGUUGAGAAUACCUUUAGUAUAGAGCAAUUGGUACUCAGGGCUGCAAAGAAUUUUCUGAUCCUUGGAAAUAUAACUCCACCAUGGCAGUUUCAUGCAUUACGUGCAUUCAUUGAUGGUGGAUAUCUCCUGCAAGUUGAUGAUCUCAACUUGAAGCUAUUAUUGUUAACACCAGGCGGACUGCAGUUAGAUAAUGAAUCAGUAAACUCAGGAGGCUACAGAGAUUUCAUUAUACAGAUUCAAACUUUGCCAGUUAUCUUCAAGCUCAAGGAGGAGGAAAUCUCUUUUUGAAUAUCUUGGUAAUGUUCACUGCAUAGAUAUUGAUGAAGUAACUUACCUUAAUCAGGCAUUGUUCCCUCACUAGUUCUAUUGGUUCGCUUGUCAUCAUAUCUGCGGAUUUGGAUUUUGGAACAUAUCAGAUCUUAGCUCAGUUUUGCAGGUUUGGCCUGGCUUUUCCAAAUUGUCUCUGGUGUGCUUCAUGAAACUCAGUUUUACUGCUCAAGAGCAAUGGACAAUAGGUAUCAUUGAUUACGCAGCUGUUGGGGAUGAGUUCGUUUUACAAAUUGAAUCUUAUCCUAGCCUACAUGUUGGAGAUCAUACCCUGCAGCUGCUUUUUGCUGUGUCUGUACAAGCAGCAUAUUCAAGCUGCUUCUGCUAUUGGAGCUUAUGAGCAUUCUUAACAUUUUUGGUGGUAGUACGUGGUUAGGAUUUUACAGCGGCACCAUGUACAGAGGAACUGACCAUUCCUUUUCUCACUAAAAUCUGCUGUUCAUUCAACUGCAGGUAUUCUACAUGUCAUUAUGGUCAUCUAGGUCUUUAAUUGGGUUCAUUGAGCGGUGGUAGCUCUUGGUCCGUAAUUUUUAACUAUACGAAAAUGAAACACUUGAGAUUUUGCAGUUAUGGCAUGUUGCGCAUGGUGCUAUACAAGCUGUUGUAUAAUUUCAGACCUUUGUGCAUACUGUUUGAGGCCAUAUGUUAUAUUAUCCCAUUAGACAAGUAGUAUUCGUGCUCUUAUUGGGAUGCUUUGUCAUAUAUUUUAUGCCA